AGGCGCCUGCUCGGCCGGAUACACAGCGCAGCCAAGCGUACGACCGCCUAUGGCAACAUUACCUUCUCCAUUGACCCGCGAGACACACUCAACGCCCUUCGCUCACACUCCUGGCGCAUCAUUGACGCGCAGUGGGUCUUCCUCUUCGCGCUCGCGGCAUUCGCACUCAGCAUCGCAGACGCGCGCGUCCUCUUCAAGGUCGGCUUCUGUGUGGCCAUCAGUACGCUUCUGCUUGUGCCGGUCCUCUCGCAGUUCUUCCUGCCCUUCAUGCCCGUUGCUUGCUGGCUCGUCUUCUUCUUCUCAUGCCGCUUCAUCCCUGCAUCUUACAGGCCGCCCAUCUCUGUACGCGUCCUGCCAGCGCUGGAGAACAUUCUCUACGGUGCCAACCUCUCCAAUAUCCUCGCAAAGCACACCAACACUGUUCUCGACGUGCUUGCAUGGCUACCGUACGGUGUCAUCCACUAUGCAGGCCCUUUCCUAUGCGCUGCGUUUCUCUUCUUCUUUGGCCCUCCAGAGACAGUUCCAGUCUUUUCGAUGGCCUUUGGAUAUAUGAACAUCAUUGGCGUCCUCAUUCAAAUUGCCUUUCCCUGCUCACCACCUUGGUAUGAGAACUUGUAUGGUCUGGCUCCAGCGCACUAUGGCAUGCAAGGCUCACCAGGAGGUCUCGCGCGCAUUGAUACACUGUUUGGAGGCAACACCUACACGGGUACAUUCACCGCUUCGCCCAUGGUCUUUGGAGCGUUUCCAUCGCUUCACUCUGGCAGCGCCACGAUUGAGGCCCUCUUCCUGGCACACGUCUUCCCUAAAGCUACUCCCUACUUUUACGGCUACGUCUUGUGGAUCUGGUGGAGUACCAUGUACUUGACACACCACUACUUUGUCGACCUCAUUGGUGGGAGCAUCCUCGCAGCGAGUUGCUUCUACGUGGCGCACCGCAAUUUCUUGCCGCAGCUACAGCCAGAAAAGCUGACGCGCUUUGAGUAUGAAGACUCUGUACGGGGUCACAUGAGUGAGAGUGAUGGCUUUGCCCGGCUGCCGCUCGCUGAUGAUUUGGAAGCUGGCAGAGAACAAGCCUGGGCCUUGGGCAGCGUCUCGAGCAGUAGUGGACACACAACGCCU